AUGGGUCAGAAACAGUCCAAGUUAUCACCGCAACAACUGGAGGAACUCCAGAAGUCAACGCAUUUUGAUAAAAAGGAACUCCAACAAUGGUACAAAGGGUUCUUGAAGGACUGCCCCUCGGGCAUGUUGGCCAAGGAGGAGUUCCAAAAAAUAUAUCGACAAUUCUUCCCUUUUGGCGACCCGAAUUCCUUCGCCGAUUACGUUUUCAAGGUCUUUGAUGCGGAUAAGAGCGGGACCAUUGAUUUCAAGGAGUUCAUAUGCGCGCUUAGUGUGACUAGUCGGGGUAAAAUGGAAGACAAAUUGGACUGGGCGUUUCAACUCUAUGAUAUCGAUGGCGACGGAAAAAUCAGCUAUGACGAGAUGCUAGCGAUCGUGGAAGCUAUCUACAAAAUGGUGGGUUCCAUGGUGAAACUUCCAGAAGACGAGGAUACGCCGGAGAAAAGAGUAAGGAAAAUAUUUAGAAUGAUGGACAAGGACGAAAACGGCAGCCUUGAUAUGGCUGAAUUCAAGGAGGGAAGCAAAAGGGAUGAGACAAUUGUUUCGGCCCUUUCGUUGUACGACGGACUGGUAUGA